AUGUCGUCAGAAGAAGAGGUCCUCUCUGGCCCCGCUGCCCCUGAGAUCUUGGAGGACAGGAUUUGGGUCGAUGGAUGCUGGGACUUUUUCCACCAUGGCCACGCUGGCGCUAUGCUGCAAGCCCGACAGCUCGGCACUGAGCUCUACGUCGGCGUUCACUCUGAUGAGUCUAUUCUCGAGAACAAGGGCCCCACAGUCAUGACACUGCAGGAACGGCUCGCUGCUGUCGAUGCAUGCCGAUGGGUUACCAAGUCCGUGCCUCACGCUCCGUACGUGACACAGCUGGACUUUAUCAGCCACUUUGGCUGCAAAUAUGUGGUGCACGGCGACGACAUCACGAGCGACAGCAACGGCGAGGACUGCUACCGCUUCGUCAAGGCCGCUGGCCGGUUCAAGGUCGUCAAGCGCACGCCCAGCAUCUCGACAACCGACCUGGUAGGCCGCAUGCUUCUCUGCACGAGAACACAUUUUAUCAAGUCGUUGGAGAAGACUCUGGCUGGUGAAGAGGGCCACGGGACGGACGCUGAGAAGAAGGCCGUCGGAGAAGCCAUGUCUGAACGCAUUGCUCAAUAUGCGACUGACGAAACUGGCAAGGCCCCCGGUGCUGAUGUCUGGUUCUGGUCUGCUUCUCACGCCGCCAAGUCGCAGGCUACGGAGGAAGAAAAGGGCUCGUUCCGAUCCCACCUCAAGGGCCCAGGCCCGCAACUCGGUCAACGAGUUGUUUACGUUGAUGGUGGAUUCGACUUGUUCUCCAGCGGCCACAUUGAGUUUUUGCGCUUGGUAGUCGAGGCCGAGGAGAAGCUUGCCCGGGCAGACGGAUGGUUUGACCAGCAGGCUGUGGAUGAGCGGAAAGGCAAAGGCGGCGAUUAUGGUCCCGUGUUUGUGGUUGCUGGUGUUCACGACGAUGAGGUGAUCAACCAUUGGAAGGGAGUCAACUACCCCAUCAUGAACAUUUUUGAGAGAGGUCUUUGUGUUUUGCAAUGCCGACAUGUCGAUGCUGUCGUUUUUGGGGCCCCAUUUUCACCAACCAAGUCUUACCUGACAAGUCUGCCAUGGGGAACGCCAGAUGCUGUCUAUCAUGGACCGACUUCGUUCAUGCCGCUCUCGUACGAUCCGUACGCGGCACCCAAGGAGAUGGGCAUUUUCCAGAAGAUCUCCAGCCAUGCUUUUGGUGAUGUGAAUGCUGGCACCAUCGUACAAAGAAUCAUGAAGAGUAGAGAUCUCUAUGAGGAGAGGCAGAGGAAGAAGGGAGUCAAGGCUAGCAUUGAAGCUGCGGCCAGACAGAGGGAGAUUUUGGAGGAGGAACAAUUACAGAAGGAGCAAGAGCGGGCCUCUUCUGGCUGA